UUCGUAACGGUUGUUUGUUAUUAAAGUUGUUUGGGUAAACAAAUAAAAAACACAUCAGUAUAUCAGACGCAUCAUGAAGGUGCUGGACAAUGUAAACCACGCUGUAAAGGUGACUAUGAAUUGUUGCCGAUUAUACGGCCUCUUCGUUUCUGAUGACCUCACUAAAAGACAAUUGAUCAUAAUGCGAGCGUUUUCUUUGAUGUUGUAUCUUUUUUUCGUUGGGUUUUUCAUCACUACCCAAAGUGCGCUUAUCAUAACAAUGUGGGGUGAUUUAAAUCUAAUGACCAACGUGGGACUCGUGCUUGGAACGCACCUUACACUGUCAGCAAAAGUAUUUACAUUACACUACAAAGAGAAAGAGAUCACAAACGUUAUUUACAAAAACGAAGUCAGAUUAAGGGCUGAAACCAGAGAACAAGGAAAAUAUAUUAUAUCCGAGUAUCCAUGCAACACUACGAAAUCACCUGCACAUGAAAUCAUUCUCGCUCAUCAGGGUAUAGCGGUUAUUUUGACAGCAACUUUGGAAAUAGCCAUUGUCUUAUUAAUGACGUCGAUAGUCGCUGUUUGUCGCUGCAGACUGAAGUUGGUGGGAUUAAGCUUUGAAACGAUCUGUGAUGAUUUACCGAGUAAUAUCAUGAAUAAACUCACAGCGGAUGAACAGGUAAUCGUAGCAAAACGCGUCCGCGAGAACGUUAUCGAACACCAGGCCGUAUUGGAAUGUAUUAAUGACAUACAGGAUUGUUUUUCGUCUGCAAUGCUAGUUCAUAUUGCGAUUUCAACAAUGAUCAUCUGUGCAACGGCGUACCAGUUGGCUGUGGAAAAAUCAUUGGACCUUACACAGCGAAUGACUAUGGCGUCCUUUCUUGGCGGAAUGUCUACUGAGAUCUUCUUGUUCUGCUACCAAGGGGGACACCUGUCGAUCGACAGUAUGGAGGUGGCAACAGCAGUGUAUAGUUGUCCUUGGUACACGUUCCCCACAUCGCUCAAACGGUCACUGCUGGUGAUCAUGAUACGCGCCCAGCAGCCGGCUUUACUCACAGCUGGAGGCUUCGCGCCCCUUUUGCUAGAUACUUUUGUUUCGAUAAUGAAGGCAUCGUAUAGCUUCUUCACCGUUCUGCAAAACGCCUCAGAAUAAGCUAAGCUCGGACUAUUCCCCACAUGCCUUGCCCGAAUGCUCGGUGCAUUAAAUCUGGGGCGCAUAUUGUACGACCUUGUCGGUCCUAAGUCUUUGGACUUAAAGCACUCUGCACAUAUACUUUGUAAUACAUUCUACCAAUUAGAAAACUUAUCGACACGAUUACCCGCGCUACUCUAUAUCAGAUAAAUAAAAUUCUUUGGGGUAUAAGACAAAGGGGAAGGUCUUCCCUUUCCCACCGAGCGGGUUAAAUUGCUCGGCAGACCGACGGUCCAAAUAUUGUUCGGAGCUUAUAUGAAAAAAUAUGUGCAAGCUUACCUUGAAAAUGUAAGCGAGAUUCAGACAUCUGUCAAAUAUAUUUUGUUUUUUUUUUAUUGCAUAGAUAAGUGGACGAGCUCACAGCCCACCUGGUGUUAAGUGAUUAUCGGAGCCCAUAGACAUCUACAACGUAAAUGCCGCCACCCACCUUGAGAUAUGAGUUCUAAGGUCUCAGUAUAGUUACAACGGCUGCCCCACCCUUCAAACCGAAACGCAUUACUGCUUCACGGCAGAAAUAGGCAGGGUGGUGGUACCCACCCGCGCGGACUCACUACAUUAGGGGUGGCCAAGCAGUAGAUCGCGAUCGACCGAUCGAUCGUGGCUAUUAGUCCAGUCGAUCGUGACAAGACAAAUAUAAGUAUAUAGAACAGACUGCACAACGUCAUCACCAAUCAUCAUCAUUCACGCAUUCAUCUUCAUCUUGUAUCAUUUGUUAAUGACCAUUACGUCACAUUAUUCAUCCUCUCUUCUACACAAUCGUUCUCUUUUGUUAUAUAAUUUCAGGUUUAUUUUACUCUUUUUAAUAAAAGAAAAUAUACUGCCAACUUAUUUGUAUACCUACUGAACUACAUAGCUUCAUUAAAUUUCGAGAAAUGUCAUUGGUAGAUCGCAGUGUUUCGUUAGUAAACAGUAGACCUUGGUUCUAAUCAAGUUGGCCACCCCUGCACUAGAGGGUCUUACUACUAGUAAUUAUAAUUUUGCGGAUUUGAUUUUUAUUACACGAUGUUAUUCCUUCACCGUAGCAGAAAGGUAGCAAAAAGGCAUAGGUAGAAAAAGAAACCUGUUAAUUAACUCUAGAAUAAAGAAAUACAUUUUAAUUACACGAACUCAUUUUAUUAUUCUAUAAUUGCCAUGAAGUUAUUUUAAUAUAUGUAAUUAGACAGCGUAUUUUAAUAUAAAACUAGAGGUCCCGCAGUAGUCGAAAUUCGCCUAUAAUUAAUUGGAAUUAUAAGUUUGUACACUAUUAUGAUUGUAUUUUAUACUUGUAUAAUCACAAAUUUCGCCAAGACUACACUAUAAAAAAUAAUAAUAAAGACAAACAAUAUUUAAUCUAUUCUCAAUUUGACAACAGACGCCAAGAACAAAAGUUUAACAAUAAAUAGUAUGCAUGCAUGUGUGCGUCAAAUAUAUGGUAUGCAGUGUGUGUAAUGUUUUCUUUAUUGAUUUCAUGUAUCUUUUAUGCAUUAUUUAAAAAAAAUAUUAGCAUUGUGCAGUUCUUCUCUAUAUUGUCUUUAAGUGUGAAAUAUUUCAUACUCCACCGUCCGCGCAAUUUUCGUAAAAAGGGAUACAAAGUUUUUGCUUCACGUAUUAAUAUAUAGAUAUAUUUUAAGGGACAUCAUUGAUUCAGGACCUUUCAAAUCAUGUUAGUGUUAGCGUUAUAAGAAUCUCUGUCAUCGUUUCUUAUAACAAGGAUACGUAAUCCAGUGAGUAAUUUGCAUUUUCUUGUUGACAACGAUUUUCGGUUCUAAUUUUUGUUACGCUCCGUAUAUCCGCCAACAGAUGUCGCUA